AUGUCGGAUGAGGUGGAGGAAUUGGGAGGGUCAGAUGACAGUGAGAGGGCGUCUAGAGAUCAUGAAGCUUCUGUGAGACAACUAUCAGCUUCUCAAUCUCAGCCUACUAUUACGAGAAACAUUACUGUUGAUCAAUACCGAAAUGAAGUCAAGCUGCGAAAUUGUUCAAACCUUGAAAAGCAAAUAACGAAACGGCUGGGGAUCGGAAAUAAAGCAGAAAAUGUUGCUUUCAAAGAAGUUGGGGAAAGGAAAUUCCUUAAACUAGAUAAGAACGUUCUGCUAGGAAGCGGCAGUAAUGGAACUCGUGUUUAUUUAGGAACGUUCCGACAGAGUGUAACUAAUGAUGAAAAGCUGGUAGCCAUCAAAAGGAUCCAAUAUGAUACUGAGGCAGAGUAUAAAGCAACGUACCGAGAAGUUGCCACAUUGCAGAAACUUAAUCAUUCCAAUGUGAUCAAAUAUUUAUUCGCUGACAACAAUGAUGAAUUCAAUCUUAUGUUUAUCGCUCUUGAGUUAUGCAGAGGAUCUUUAAUCAAUAUAUUUGAACUCCGCAAAGAUGUUUUUGAAUGUCCCUUUAUACUCAAAAAUCGAGCUCCUGCUAACGAUUGGUGGUUUAAAAAACAUUUGCUUCUUGGAAUUGCAAACGGUCUAGAUUACAUCCAUCAACAGGGUCAUGUCCAUAGAGACCUUAAACCACAAAACAUUCUUGUUCAGGGAGAUGACAGCAACAUCUUUGGUUACAAAGCAGUAAUAUGUGACUUCGAGCUCGCCAAAGAAAUGGAGGCAGGGAAGUCUAAAUUGUCUGUGUCUCAGGGGAUUGUUGGUACCCAGGGUUGGAUGGCCAAAGAAGUGCUUGCCGGGGGAGCACAAACUAAAGCUUUAGAUGUGUUUGCUUACGGGUGUAUAGUUCAAUUUGUACUGGUGGAGAACAGAGACAAGCAUGCAAUCCAUCCAUUUGGAGCAGACAUUCAUCGGGAUAAUGCCAUCAUGGAAAGUAAGCGGUCUUCAUACAUUAGUACCCAUAUUGCUGAUAUAAAUGGCUCAAUUCGUACUACUGGUCAAUCUUAUUACGUCGGUGAAUUACUGCAGGGUAGAAGUGGGCUAGGAUAUGAAUAUCUUGGUGAUGCGAUUAUAGCGGACUUACUCGUCAGUGUUUGCAUAUCAGGGGAUAAAACUGUCCGACCUUCAGCUCCUGAGCUGUUACUCCAUCCAUUCUUCUGGUCGUAUGAGAAGAGAAUUCAGAGCAAUGAAAUGAUGUUUAACUUGUAUAAACACGACUUUCAAAGACAUGACAUAGUGUCGUUGAUGGAGAAGAAUUGGAGAAUCCUCAACACUUAUAACUAUUCCUCAUUAAUACCUGAUGCAUGGGAAUAUUAUGUCUCUCAUAGAAAAGCAACAAAAGGAAAGUUACCUUCUUCAAGACUGAGUAGUUCUCUCUUCAACUGUUUGAUGAGGCUGAUUCGAAAUCUUCAGCAGCAUUACGAAGAAGCAAUUGCUCUGUCGCCUGAACUUGAAGUUGCUUUAGAUGGGAACUCAGAGUCUCUGGGUAAAUAUUUUUUCGAAGGAGUGCCCCUGGCAUUUCCAGUAAUAUACAUCUACUUGUUCCAAUACCAAUGUAAUUCUCCGGAGAAAAAUAUUGAAGUAAGACGGAAGAUAUAUCAGCAGCAACUCUCCACUCUAAUGAAUCUCAAGAGUAAUCAUCGUGCAUUGUAA